GGAAGAGCAAAAUCUUGACAUGAACAUGCAAAGUUGCCAACCAAAAAUGUAAUGGGGAAAAUGUAUCUGAACAAAGUAUGAUGUGCCCAAUCAGCUUCAGUCUCAACCUUUGCCCAAAAUCCAAGCUGUACUGGAGAUGUCACUAUCUGUUUCCAUCCAGAAAAACCUGUGGCCCUCCGUUCCUCAGGACUUGCAGAUAUCCAGUAUAGCAGCUAACUAUAGCAUCUAGCAACACUGUCCAAUGGCUCGGCCCCAAGGGAGACUGAUGGAUCCAAUCAGAAGCCCGAGCGCUGCAGCUUCAUCCUUUCAUCGGUCAGCGGCGAAGCAUUUCCAGCAAGCCGUCACCUUGGCUCAGAGGAAUGGAAUUAGCAGGAGGUGCCUUCUGACGCUGCUGACAUCCACUGCCGCCAUACCAGACGGCAGUGAAUCUAGGAAGGCUCUACUUCAGGAGUAUCUGAAGAAAUCAAAGGACAACAAAGAAAAGAAUGACAAGGAGAAAUUGAAAUUGGCAUCCUCCUCCACCCCAAGCAUGGCCAUGGCCUCGGCAUCCUCCUCUGCGCAGCCCUCACCCCAUCAUCCUCCUCCUCUAGCAUGGCAAUGGCAGAUCUCAAGUGGCUGGGGCGGACCUUGUCAUCCUCCGCCGUGCGCCUGCGGCUCGCUGUCCCCCUCCGCACCUCGCUCGUCUUGCGAAGGUGGGCAUGGGAGGGGCGGAACAGCUCGCCGUGCGGAAAGGGCAGGGGAGAGGCGGUUUGGCUCGCUGGUCGGAGAGGAGGCACGGGUAGGGCGCGGCUGCUCACAGCACAGAUAGGGCAGGGGAAGGGCGGCAGCCCACUAGCCGGAGAAGAGGCAAGGAAGGGGUGGCGCAGCUUGCUGUGUCGAAGAGGGAAGGGGAAGAGGCGGGACGGCCCGCUGGUCGGAGAGGCAGACAGGGAAAGGUGAGCACGACUCGCCGGAGAGGAGGCAGGGGAGUGGUCAGGGGCGGAGUUCCGGUGGCGGUGGUCGGGGCGGAGUUCUGCGAUGGAAGAAGAGAAGUGACGAUCCAAUUCAUCCCAAUACGGAGGGGUGAGGCUCCGCAUUCAUGAAGGGCUAUUUUAGGUCAGGUUCAAUUCUUCGGUAUUGGUCCCCAAUACCAAUUCCAAAUUUUGUAGACAUCCAAACAACUUGUAUUCACUAGAUCAAAUUCCAAUUCCCAAUACCGAGCUCCAAUACUGACAUCCAAACGGACCCUUAGGCUUGUUGCAUACUAUUUCCUCGUGAAUACUGAACAGUUCAUUGGCUCUGAAGGCUGAAGUAAA